ACACACACACACACACACACACACACACACGAACACACAUAGGCACACACACACACACAUAUAAGUUCCCCAGCCAGCCAUCAGCCGUAAACUAGUCAUGGCAGACAAGAAGAGUGCGCCUGUGGUCAGGAGGAAGGUAGACAAAAAGAAGGAGGUAGACAAAAAGAAGGAGGCGCAGGUGGAGGUAAAGAAGGAGGUGAAGGGGGAGGUAAAGGAGAAGGGCAAGGAAAAGAAGCCCACGGACACGGUGAAAAAUGGGGAGGCCCCUGCCGAGGGAGCUGCCGCAAACGGGGCCACAAACGGGGUGGCGGCUGACGGGGAACCCGUGAAGAAUGGGGACGAGGAAGACAAAGUGGAGCUCAUGGAGCUGCCGCCCUUCGAGAUCAUCUCAGGGAACCGGAUCGACCCUUUCUUCUUCAAGUAUCAGUUCAAGAAUGUGGAAUACUGCUCGGGCCGCAACAAGACCUUCCUCUGCUACCUGAUGGACCCAGGCCGAGAUGGACUCCUCUUACGGGGCUACCUGGAGGAUGAGCACGCGACCGAGCACGUAGAGGAGGCCUUCUUCACGCAGAUACUGCCCUACUACAACCCCAAGAUUAAGUACAACGCCACCUGGUACGUGUCAUCCAGCCCCUGUGCUACCUGCGCCGCCAAGGUGGCGGAGCAGCUGAAGGCCCGGCCCACGCUCCGCCUCACCAUCUUCUCCGCCCGUCUCUUCGACUGGGAGGAGCCAGAGAUCCAGGCAGGGCUGAAGGCGCUGGCGGCAGCGGGCUGCAAGCUGCGUGUCAUGAAGCCGCUGGACUUCACAUACACCUGGGACACAUUCGUGGAGAACGACUGCGAAACCUUCACGCUGUGGGAGGACUGUCAGGAAAACUACGAGUACUACCAGGAAAAGCUAGCCGACAUCCUGGAGUGACAGACCCAGGAGACCAGUUGGAAAGGAUCAUGAGAGAAAACACCUGUCUAUUUCCUAACAACCAAUGCACAUUCGUGUGUGUGUGUGUGUGUGUGUGUGUGUGUGUGUGUGUGUGUGUGUGUGUUUGUAUUUGCCUUUGCAAAUCCUUGUUUCCAUGUGUGUGUGAGAGAGUGGAUCUGUUUGCUGUGCACUGAUUUACAGAAAAUACCUGUAGUUUGUUUAUCCAAGUUUUUAACUGACAUGUUAUCCAGUCCUGUCAGUGGAACUUGUACAAGAUCUUUUUUUAUGAAAUCUUAAUAAUUACGCCUAUUACCAACUAAUUAAUACCAUCACCUUAAUAAUGAUUACUUGUCAUUCAGUUAGCAUUUCUGAAACAGCGUGAAGAUUAAUGUUAUCAGUGACCUUUUACAGAGUGUGUUUUAUAUGUGCCAUCAGUCUUUACUCUGCAAUAAUACAUCAUGGUUUGAGAGGCAUAAAUCAUCAUUCUGCGGAAAGUUCUGGACUUUAAGUUGCUUGCGGACUGAAAUUGUUUGUUCUUCGUGCAAUUUCUACAUUCUUACUUUAGGGAUUAGAAAAUACAACAUUGUAUACAAAAUAAUGUAUUUAGUAAAUAAAUAAAAUUACUUUAUUAUUAAUUUA